UAACCUUCGAUAAGCGCACCCAUCAGAGAAUUCGAUUGGGAAAAAGAAAUUUAUAAAAUCGAGGAAAAAAGGGGAAAACUUUUUGGUUCAAAGAUCAAGGGAAGAUUUGAAAUUUUUCUUCUUUGGCUCCUGGUCGAUCGGGGGUUUUUUUUUUCUCUCUUUUUGGUCCGAAAAGAUUGAAACUUUGUAGAUAAUUUUGGGGAGGUGAGGUUCGAUUUCGAUAGGGUUCGUUCUUGAAUGGCACAACAAGGGCAGGGAAGCAUGGACCCUGCCGUUCUCGAUGACAUCAUCCGACGUCUGUUGGAUUACAGAAACCCUACGCCUGGGACGAAGCAGGCGAUGCUCGGCGAGUCUGAGAUCCGACAGCUUUGUGUCAUGUCCAGAGAAAUCUUUCUUCAACAGCCCAAUCUUCUUGAGCUCGAAGCUCCCAUCAAGAUCUGCGGUGAUAUUCAUGGCCAAUAUUCAGAUCUGCUGAGGCUUUUUGAGUACGGAGGCUUUCCUCCCACGGCAAACUAUUUAUUCUUGGGGGAUUAUGUGGACCGUGGCAAGCAGAGUUUGGAAACUAUAUGUCUUUUGCUCGCCUACAAGAUCAAAUACCCGGAAAAUUUCUUUCUUUUGAGGGGAAACCAUGAAUGUGCUUCCAUUAACAGAAUUUACGGGUUCUACGAUGAAUGUAAACGUAGAUUCAGCGUGAGGUUAUGGAAAACGUUUACUGAUUGUUUUAACUGUCUCCCUGUGGCUGCUGUCAUAGAUGAUAAGAUAUUAUGUAUGCAUGGUGGUCUUUCCCCCGACUUAACCAACGUGGAUCAGAUUAAGAACGUACAACGCCCGACUGAUGUUCCAGAUUCUGGUUUGCUCUGUGAUCUACUUUGGUCUGAUCCCAGCAAAGAUGUCAAAGGCUGGGGGAUGAAUGACCGUGGAGUCUCAUACACAUUUGGACCCGACAAAGUUGCUGAGUUUCUAAUAAAGAACGAUAUGGAUCUCAUCUGCCGUGCCCACCAGGUUGUAGAGGACGGGUAUGAAUUCUUUGCUGAUAGACAGCUUGUAACUAUAUUCUCUGCUCCCAACUACUGCGGUGAAUUCGACAAUGCUGGUGCAAUGAUGAGUGUUGAUGAAAGUUUAAUGUGCUCUUUCCAAAUUCUUAAGCCUGCGGAUCGGAGGCCACGGUUCUUAUGAAGAGCAGAGGAACUCUUGUCAAGAACUCGGCCGGAUUUUCUGAAGCUCCUCCAUGGGAGUUCUCUGGAGUUGCAAAGGCAACAAACCAUAUUUUUACUUGUUCUCAUCUUCUUAUAUGACAUUUCCAUUUGUUUUGUCAAACUGUUGUGUUCUAUGGGUUCUUGACUCUAGGCACUCAAAAGUCUGCAACAAGUUCUAUCAUUCUUUUCUCAAUUCGAGUCUUUCGCUUUGGUCUUCCUUUGAUGUUUUACAUGUCUGAGAUAAGAAUCCUCGUGUAUAUACAUUAUAUUCUGUAACUCACCACAACUUUACAUCACACAUACUCGGGGAAGCUUUCUUUGUUCA